AUGUCGUCACUUCGCAAUGUCGUGAAGCGCCGGGAGCACAAGGAGCGCGGGCAACUGCACGAGCGACGAAAGCUUGGUCUAUUAGAGAAGCACAAGGACUAUGUGAAGCGUGCGCGUGAUUACAAUCAGAAGCAGAAACGGCUGACAACGCUGCGUCUCAAGGCAGCACUGCGCAAUCCGGACGAGUUUAAUCGCCGCAUGGCCAUUACAAGGACGGAAGAUGGUGUUCACGUGUCUACACACAAUCACAUGAAACAGCUGGACACGGAGUCGCUACGGACAUUGAAGACGCAAGACCUAGCCUACCUGCACAUGAAGCGUGCCAUGGACUUGCGCAAAGCCGAGAAGCUCAAUCGAGGGCUGCACUUUGUAGAUGCACCUAAAAGCAACAAACAUAUUGUCUUUGUAGACCAUCAGCAAGAAGUGGAUACUUUCGACGUGGCUCAACACUUCGAUACGGCCCCGGAACUGGUGGACAGAGCCUUCAAUCGCAUUCGUAAACGGGAUUUAGAAACGGCAGAGUUACCUGACUUUGCAAUCAACCGGAAGCAGAAAUACAAUAUGCAGGUGGAAAAGGACGCCAUGUACAGAGAACUAAGAGACCGCUUGGCACGUGCUAAGAAGAUUGGACUUAUGAGCACUAAACUGGACUUGGAACGUAAAGUGCAGGCCAAAGGCAAGAAGAUGAAGGUGAAAAAUGCCGAGAACGGACUUUCUGCGGUAUAUCGCUGGAAGCAACAACGACAAAAGUAG